AAAACGUAAUUUCUGAUUUUUUUGUUUCCUUUUUAAAUAUAAUUUAAGAGACAGACGCCCCUAGUACUGGUGCUUUUGGUACGCUCCACUGUCAAAUUGAUUUCUCGCUGUUGGUCUCGUCUUUGUUGCUUUCACCGGUUUUGUUCCUAAAACGAGAAAAAACAACAUUUCAGUGGAUUAUCGUUCUAAUCAUAUCACAACGAGAUGGAUGAAAGGCUCUAUGGAUCUUUGCCUCAUGCCCCCUCGGAAUACCUCCAACAAUGGGUUCAGUCAGCUCAGCAGCAUCUGCAGACCCUUCAGGCUCAGUAUCCUCACAUGGCUAACGGUAAUGCUGGUUUUAUGAUGGAGGGACGCAGAGAAGAUGGAGGCAUGCAGCAGAUGCCUGUACACCCAGAGGAUGCCGCCCAACUGGAGCCUGCGGCUGCACAGAAAGCACCUGCUAAAGGAAAGCGAGGAAGGCCAGCGAGCAAAGAACCUAAAGCCAAAGCCAAACCUGGACCCAAACCCAAAAAAGCCAAGGAGGCCCCAUCAGCUGAAGGACAGGAGAAGAUUGACGAAACCUUCAAGAAAGUCAAGAGGAAAGUCGAUCGCUUUAAGGGCAUGUCGGAGGAGGAAGUCAUGAAGAAAACACUGCCUGACAUUCUUAUCCCCAAUCUGGACUAUGUCAUUAUCGGAAUUAAUCCAGGGUUGAUGGCGGCCUACAUUGGAAGAUGGUUUCCUGGACCAGGAAACCAUUUUUGGAAGUGUCUGUUCCUGUCUGGAUUCACAGAGAAGCUGCUAAAUCACAUGGAUGAUCAGAGUUUGCCUGAGAAAUACAGCAUCGGCUUCACAAAUAUGGUAGCGAGGGCGACACCGGGAAGCAAAGAUCUCUCUAGCAAGGAGCUUCGAGAAGGUGGUAAAAUCUUAGUGGAAAAGAUAAAGAAAUUCAAGCCACUCAUAGCAGUUUUUAAUGGAAAAUGUAUAUAUGAAAUGUUCUGUAGGGAGAUAUUUGGGAAGAAGCCAAAAACACUUGAAUUUGGCCUACAGCCUCACAGGGUUCCUGACUCUGAGACGGCGUUGUACCUGAUGCCCUCCUCCAGCGCCCGCUGUGCUCAGUUCCCACGUGCUCAGGACAAAGUGCAUUUUUACAUCAAGCUGAGAGAGCUCCGAGAUCAGCUGAAGGGUGUUGCAAAGCCCAAGGAGAUCGAAGAAGUCAACUACUCAUUUGAUCUCGGCCUGGCCAAAGAGGACGCUAAGAGGAUGGCUAUCAAGGAAGAGCAGUAUGAUCCUGGUUAUGAGACCGCUUUCGGAGGAGCAUAUGGAGAACUCGUACCUGAAGGAGGCCAAAGCAAUGGAUAUUGUAGCUUCUCCACAUCUGAGGAGAAAGCUGACACAGUGGAGAAGGCGCCUACGGAUCCAAACGCGGUCGGACAGGUUCAGGACGGUCAGUGGAUGACGCAGUCUUUUGCCGAUCAGAUCCCAGCCAUCGGCAGCUCCUCUCAAGCCCAAAGCUGGGGUGUAUGAAGAAGGAGCGUUCUCAGGGACUUCAGACGAAGCCUGUCGGUUCCUGUGCUCUUCCAGAGAUGCUGUGCCUCUUAUCUUCUCUCAGUCCAAUCCAGGAGUCUUUGGGGCAUUGGUUUCUUUCUCCUGUGCGUUGCUGUGACAAGUCUGUUACGUUAUUAUUUCAGGACCGAUUUGAGGAGAUCACAGUAUCAUGGAAGGUGGCCCAACUUGCACAAGGAGAAUCCAAUGG